AUGCAGGACGAAAGGGAAACAAGAGGGGACCGUGUGCGUCUAUGUAGAGGAAAGCAUAUGAUUUCAGUGUACAGUUUCCAUCCUUCUUACCACAGGCAAAAACACAUGUGGAUGAAAAUUUCCCUCAGAGGAGAAGUUCAAGCUGAGCAUCUUAUUGUUUUCCUUUCGUACUGCAUGUAUGUGAUACUGUGCUUACACUUUGUUCGCGCAACAUUGCCCCCUUUCCGCUCCCUUUCUCCCCUUCCAGUUCGGUCCCACCACAUGCUGCAUAUCUUUUUACCUUGCCGUACGCGUAUGUGGUGGUGGCUGUGUGGGAAAGAAGAAGAAGGCGUCGCGGUAGGGCGUGUUAUGUAUAUAUAUAUAUAUAUAUAUAACAAAUAUGCUACGCGUGCAGAAAUUAUUCCCUGCACAUUUUGGUUUUGCUCGUUUGGUUCAUUUUUUUGUUUUUACCUUUGCUCCUUGACUAGGCAUAACACAGCACGACUUGCAUUUAAAUAG